AUGUUCACAUCGCUCGGUUGUUUUGCGGGCAUUUUAUGUCCACAGGGCAAGGAUUGUGCUCUUUUGAGAUGCCUGUUCUUUCACCCUAAUAGUGACCCGAGCCCGACUAAGCCUCAAACUUCGCAUGUUCCAGCCCCAGGUGUUGAUGGUCCUCCUUCUAAACGGGCCAAAGUGGAAAAUCCUCAGUUGCCGUUGUCCCUGUCCCCAAUUCCAUCUCACAGCGUUAAAGGCCCAUCCAUCGAGAUGGGCCAGCAUUCGUCAAAAUCAGUUGCACGCAAAGAAACUCAAAAGACGAGUCAAGGGAGUUCGAGCGCUCAACCUACAAUCGAAGGAAUGGCCCCUGCAAGCUCAAGUCAUGAACUCCCAAAUCCUUCGGGAAACAUUUCUGUGAGGCCUACUGAUGCUACUCCUGCUGGGUCGUCAGCAAAACUUCCUCCCCGCAAGGCUCCAAAGGAAACGCUGAACCCUCGCAUGCUUGCCAAUGCACCAGCAACCCAUGGCACUCGAACUGCCAUCUUGCAGAAACUACACUCCGCCAUGUCUGCUCUCAACCAAAAGUUACGGAAGGAUAAGAACAGCUCGAACAGAUGCUUUAUUCUAACAUCGGACGAGCUCAUCACAAUGGCUCUGGAUGAGGAAGAGAAAUUCGCAAGGAACAAUUCUAGCAUCUACAGCAAUGUUAUCAAACUUCGGAUUGUCAAAAUCACGAAGAUGGGCAUUGAUGAAUGGGCUAAGGAAGUUAUGGCUCACUUGAAUGUGCGAUACUAUAAGAUCAGCCCCAUUCAAAAACCGCAGACGAAGCCCGUAUCCAUCAACACUGGGCUCAGCCCCGCUCAAGAAAUCGCAGUUGUGCCCAAGCUAAUCACACCCCUCGCCGGCCUCGAAAAACAUGGAUAUGUCACAAAGGCGCCCACUGGCGCAGAGAUCGAGACCGCCAAGCGAGGAGUGGAGGGAUCCAAUGGCUGGGAGAAGUGCGAUAGGUGCGGUCAGCGAUUCCAGGUAUUUCCAGGUCGUCGCGAGGAUGGUGCUCUGGCCAGUGGUGGCCACUGUACGUAUCAUCCAGGACGGCCCGUCUACCCCCAGAGCAAGAAAACAGACCAUGUCACUGGUCCAUCUCAACCGUACUUUCCCUGUUGCAGCGAAGCGCUGGGAACGUCUACUGGCUGCACCAAAACGAAGUCCCAUGUUUUCAAGGUCUCGGAGACCAAACGACUUGCAUCCAUCCUCCAAUUCCAAACAACCCCGUCGCAGCCCGAGAAAGAAACUCUCGAACCGGUUGCUCUUGAUUGCGAGAUGGGGUACACCACAUUGGGUCUUGAGCUGAUCCGUCUCACUGCCGUCAGCUGGCCUCAAGGCCAUGAUCUCCUCGACAUUCUAGUACGACCUAUGGGUGAAAUCUUGGAUCUCAAUACACGCUAUUCUGGUGUCAGCCCGGAACACUAUACUUCUGCCAAACCGUAUGGCUCUACAAUGCCCAACACAGAUUCGACAUCUGUUGAAGAGAAGGAGAAAUCCCAAUCACCGUUGCAACUUGUUUCGUCGCCUGCCGAAGCGCGAGAUCUACUUCUGAAGUUUCUCCAACCUGAGACACCUCUCAUCGGCCAUGCAAUCGAAAACGACCUCAACGCCUGCCGCAUCAUCCACCCUACAGUCAUUGAUACCGUUCUCCUAUAUCCCCACCCCAAAGGCCUCCCUAUACGCCUAGGUCUCAAGGCCCUUGCUCAAAGACAUCUUGGCCGCGACAUCCAGAUUGGGCACGAUGGGCAUGACUCGAAAGAAGAUUCCAUUGCAACCGGUGAUCUUGUGAGAGUAAAGGUGGGCGAGAAAUGGAAGGAGCUGAAGAAGAACGGAUAUCAAAUCGAGGGGAGUAAGCUUGUCCAUCCCGAUGGCCUAGAAUCAAUAUCCGAUUCCUCAUGGACGAAAGUCCCUGGUCCUGGCAAGAAAAGAAAGGCCGUUAGAUAA